ACGUGUUUAUUUUCGAUAAUCACCGUCCAAAACCCGUUUAUCUCGGCAGACCUGAACCAGAACGUUCCUAAACCAGUUGCUCGCUGGAUCUCCUCCUCAGGACGGUAAGCCACCACACACUUCCAGAGCCAUGAAGUCCGAAACAUGCUACCUGUUGGCCGUGGGGACCAUCAUCCUGGGCACGUUGGCCAGUUUGACCGCGGGUCAACAUCCGGCGGCGCGACCCUUCAGUAGUAAAGAGGUCAAGUGCCUUGUGUGUAAGGCUACGAUGACCGAAAUGGAGCUGGCCGUUGGCAAGGUCGAUCCCAAGAAGAAGAUCGACGUCGGAGACUACCGGUUGGACGCGACCGGCGAUUCCAAGAAGAAGAAGACUAUUUUGUACUCCAAGUCGGAGAUGUACCUGACCGAGCUGAUGGAAACGGUGUGCGACCGGAUGGACGACUACGCCAAGGCACGCUACAAGCGAAACGGCCGCCCGACGGUGCUGAAGAUGAUGACCGAGAACGGAAUGAACCCGGAGAUGUCCGAGGUUGACUUUGUCCAGGAGGGCGAUCUGAACAAAUCGCUGAAGCACCUCUGUCUGGAGAUUGUCGAGGACCAGGAGGAGGCUAUCUUGAAGCUGUUCAUGCAGGAGGGAAGUGUCAAGGACACGGACAUUAAACUGUGCUCCGAGCUGGCCGGAAUUUGCAACGAACAGCCGAUCGAGGACGAUUACCAGUACGAGGGAAGCGACGAACGGGACGAGCUGUGAGCCGGGGUGUGGACAGAGAUGUAAUAACAAGUUAGGAACAAAGACAAAAUACUACCGAGCCAAUGCGUGGAGUUUGUGGGUGCCAAGCAUUUAGUACUGCGAUAAGCUCAAUUUUACAAUAAAGUUUAAGGAAAGAGAGAGAAUGCAUUUUCGUUGCCGCUUUGUUAAAGAAGCUAGACAUAUUUAUAACAGGAAAGAUGAAAAAUAAAGAUUUUUUCAAAUUA